UAAAAAAUAAUAAUUUUUUCAAAAAAAAAAUUAAAUUAUUAAAUCCCACUGUAUUUUCCAACCAUAUUUUUACAGCAACGAAAAUCUUACACCAAACUCUCUCUCUCUGUCUCUCUCAUUACAUAUUAUUAAUCACACUGAGCAUAAUUUUCUGUCACAACCCAACAAAAAAAAAAUCAGAGAAAAAAGAAAGAACAGCUCAAAUAUCAGCCAUGGAUGACGACUCCUCUCCUGAAAUCACAACCCCUUUCAUUCCGAAGCCUAAGGACGAAGAAGAUGGCUCCAGCUCCAGCUCGUCCAAAAACGACGUCGUUUCAUCGGAGGAGAACUCGCCGGUGGAGCAAGUAGCUCUGACGGUGCCGACCACAGACGAUCCCACCAUCCCAGUGUUGACUUUCAGAAUGUGGUUCUUGGGGACACUUUCGUGUGCUCUCCUCUCAUUUCUCAACCAGUUCUUCUGGUACCGUAAGGAGCCACUUUCCAUCACCGCCAUUUCCGCUCAGAUCGCCGUCGUCCCUCUCGGCCAGCUCAUGGCAGCUAGGCUCACGCGCCGCUCCUUCCUCGCCGGAACUCGGUGGGAGUUCACCCUCAACCCGGGACCCUUCAACGUCAAGGAACACGUCCUCAUCACCAUCUUCGCCAACUCCGGCGCCGGCACCGUCUACGCCAUCCACAUCGUUACGGUGGUGAAGAUCUUCUUCAAGCAACACAUAACUUUCUUCGUCUCGUUAAUUGUCAUCCUAACAACUCAGGUGUUAGGGUUCGGUUGGGCUGGGAUUUACAGAAGGUAUUUGGUGGAGCCAGCGGCCAUGUGGUGGCCAUCUAAUUUGGUUCAAGUAUCACUCUUCAGGGCCCUACACGAGAAGGAAAAAAGGACCAAUGGAGGGGUGACACGUACGCAGUUCUUUGUGAUUGCCUUCAUCUGCAGCUUUGCUUACUAUGUCUUCCCAGGCUACCUCUUCGAAAUGCUAACUUCCCUCUCUUGGAUAUGUUGGAUUUUUCCAAACUCUGUCUUGGCCCAACAGCUCGGUUCGGGCCUAUAUGGGCUUGGGAUUGGGGCUUUUGGGCUUGACUGGUCCACUAUCUCAUCCUACCUUGGAAGCCCACUUGCAAGCCCAUGGUUCGCCACAGCCAAUGUGGCUGCUGGGUUUUUUUUUGUCAUGUAUGUGUUGACUCCCUUGUGUUAUUGGCUCAAUGUCUACAAAGCCAAAACAUUUCCAAUAUAUUCAGACAGCUUAUUCAGAUCAGACGGUCAGAAAUACAACAUCACAGCCAUCAUUGACUCCAAUUUUCACCUUGACUUGGCUGCUUAUGAGAAAGAAGGUCCACUCUACAUUACAACUUUUUUUGCUAUGACUUAUGGUGUGGGCUUUGCAGCUCUUACUGCUACAAUUGUUCAUGUUGCUCUCUUUCAUGGAAGGGAUAUAUGGAAGCAAAGCAAAUCAAGUUUUGCAGAGAAAGAAAUGGACAUACAUACUAAACUCAUGGCAAAGUAUAAGCAAGUGCCUGAGUGGUGGUUCAUAGUCAUUCUUUUAGUAAAUAUUGCAGCCACUGUUUUUGCCUGUGAGUACUACAAUGACCAGCUCCAGUUGCCUUGGUGGGGUGUUCUAUUAGCUUGUGCUAUUGCAUUUUUUUUCACUCUUCCAAUUGGUAUCAUCACUGCCAUUACAAAUCAGGCUCCAGGAUUGAACAUCAUAACUGAGUACAUAAUAGGGUAUAUCUACCCUGGUUACCCAGUUGCCAACAUGUGCUUCAAGGUGUAUGGAUACAUAAGCAUGACACAAGCCAUAAGUUUUCUACAAGACUUCAAGCUUGGUCACUACAUGAAAAUCCCACCAAGAACAAUGUUCAUGGCUCAGGUAGUUGGAACACUCAUAGCUGCUUUCGUCUACUUGGGCACGGCCUGGUGGCUGCUAGAGACCAUCCCUGACAUAUGUCUAGACACAUCAUCCCUCUGGACUUGCCCAUCAGACACUGUGUUCUAUGAUGCAUCUGUCAUCUGGGGCUUGAUUGGUCCGCGCAGAAUCUUUGGUGACUUGGGGACUUAUGAGGCUGUGAAUUGGUUCUUUCUUGGGGGAGCCAUUGCUCCAAUACUGGUUUGGUUUGCAGCCAAGGCUUUCCCACACCAGGAGUGGAUCAGGCUCAUCAACAUGCCUGUGCUGAUAGGCGCCACAGGCAUGAUGCCACCGGCCACUGCAGUGAACUACACCACUUGGAUCCUUGCAGGGUUUCUCUCUGGCUUUGUUGUGUAUAGGUACAAACCCGAGUGGUGGCGCCGCCACAACUAUGUCCUGUCUGGCGCCCUUGACGCCGGCUUGGCCUUCAUGGGGGUGCUCUUGUAUUUCAGCUUGGGAUUGGAGGAUGUUAGCCUCAACUGGUGGGGGAAUGACCUUGAUGGUUGUUCCUUGGCUUCUUGUCCCACAGCCAAAGGUGUUGUUGUUACUGGUUGCCCAGUUUACAAUUGAAGAAUUAGAUCAAAAAGAUUCACAGAUUUGUAAAUAGCAACAAUUUGUAAUGUAAAUUAACAUUUCUUUCAAAUAAAGGAAAGCCUUUUAUUUUGAGUUC